AUGGCGUCCAUUCAAACUCGAAACCAUUCUACCUUGCCUCCAGAAAUAAUCAAUUUGAUUUUUGACCAUCUCGCCAAUCUCGACGAAUCCCCACUUGAAAUUCAAGCUGCUCUUCGAUCGUGUUGCCUAGUCUCGAAAUCAUUUGUCUACAAUGCACGCAAGCGACUUUGGAAACAGGUAACCCUUUCUGUAGACGACACCCUUCCACAACGAUGCAACAGAUUUGUUCGUGUUUUAGAACAGAUGAACUUGGAUGACAAGGUCUCGUUAAUUAGGAACGUACAAUCUCUCAAGCUACUUUUCCAAGAACCAAUCAUGGGUCAACGUCUUUCAGGCCAGAAGGAAAGAGAGUCGGUUCUUCGGUCCAUCAAGCGACUUUUUGGGAAGCAGCCCGAUAUCGUUGACGUCUUUCAGAUGUUAGAAAACCCCAACCUGACACACUUCUGCCUCGCGGCCCCAGAAGGGACAUCAUUCCUCUGGGCUCACGGUGUACAUUCCAUCAACCCAGCUAUUCUACGGAUAUUGUCUUAUCCCAAUCUCAAAUCGUUUUCCUUAUGCAACAUCACGUCUGUCUCACAGGAAAUUGUUACUGCUGCUUUCUUUUCAGGAAGCAUUCAAGAAUUAGCCAUCCGCAGUACUUUUGUGGGACUUAGGCGUGUUAUCCCACCAGGCAUCGAAAUCACAAGCUCUCUCGCAGACUUAAAGAAGUUGGAGAUGAUUGACGUAUCUGUACCGAUUCUAUUUCGCAUCAUUCUGGAUUUACUCCCAAGUGCAAACGUUCCACGGCCAUUUUUCCCUCAUCUUCAUACUUUGAUAAUAUCAGUGCCUUCCGAUGUAGAUGAUAUGAGCCUGCUACAGGAGUAUGUCUUGGCUGCGUCUGCGUCUUUAGAGACACUGGAAAUGGAUUUCCACGUCCGGCAUCGUUACACUUACUCGCUCCCUGCACUGGAGGGACUUUCUUUUUCGGGGCUGGUAUCACUGCAAUGCUUCAAGUUUCAAGCAGCAUCACCUGAUAUAAUCGCUUUACUCGAAGAAUGCCAACGCUCUUUUUUAAACAUCUUCAACAUAUGUGAUUUCACCAACAAAUUAAAAACUAUCGAGCUCCAUUUCCUGCUCAGCGCCAUCUAUGACUACUCCAGUGGAACGUCUUUGGAAAAGCUCGAGCAAGCACAGCACUGGCAUACGAUUGACCGACUAUUCGUCAGCAGAUCCUUCUACAAUCUGGAAUUGUUCAAAAUCACAAUCGAGGUGCGCCAUGCUCGAGACAACAGCAACGAAACACACAGUAUCUCGACACAAGAGCUCCAAAGAUUUGCUGCGAACGUGCUUCCUCGGAUUUCUGUGGCCAUCCAAAUCAAGCUUGUAAUCCAGGGCCGAGUCGUAUUCUGCGAAAAUCCAAAACUUUUGCGCAACAGAACUUUCUUCUGGAUGUCGCCCACUGGCGCGACAUCCCCCACGCCAGGGUGGGGAUCCCUACAGCCUUUUCAUCACGUCGGCCCUCCUGGACCAGCGUUAACGGCCGUCGCACUCUUCGGAGGGUUGUCUAUCGCAGGCGUAGCUAGCGUCAGACCACACCUCCCGCUCCAUAUAGCGCGUCCGCCUUCUACGUUGAUCAGGAUUUCCCCCAUGGGAUACCUCGUCCUUGAAGCAGGGUUUUCCUACCUUGAAUGGCUGCAUAUCGUCUCCGGUUCUUUAAUUGACCCAAUCAACUACAACAUUUCAAGCAACAACCAACCCCUCUAUCAUUCUCCUCUGAUAAUUCCCACAAAUAACUUUAUCCACUCGAAAGAUCUCAUCGUUCCUCCCUCCAAAGAAGUCGCAGCAAUUCCCGCAAUGACGAAAGAUCUCAUCGUUCCUCCCUCCAAAGUACUCUCAGUAGUCCCCGCAAUGACGAAUGAUCUCAUCGUUCCUCCCUCCAAAGAACUCGCAAUAGUUCCCGCAAUGACCAAAGAUUUGGUCCUUGUGGAUUUGUCUCCCGUUUGCAAGUUUGAAUACAAUGGGAGCAUACCUUAUCGAAAAUGGCCUGAAAGAAUAGUAGCUAAAGCCCUUGCAGCUCGCAAGGCACCCCCCAUGACCUGCCCAGUCCAGAUCCCAGACUCUUUCAGGUGGUGGCGUCAAUGUGAUAAUGGCGCCCACAGAGAAGAAGGCUCAGAUCCAAGCAGUUCUAUAACGGACACUCCUCUUGACCUUGAAGGAAGCAAUGGACACGUCACAGAGCCCACAAGAGUUUACGUCGAUGAAAAUGACCCUGACGGCAAUCCCGACGAUGACCCAGUCACUAUAGGGCAGAUAUACCCAUUUCCUUCGGGCAUUCUCAUCUUUCUCAUCAUGAUCCUCAUGGCUAUCUUAUUUUCUAAGAUUUGCAAAUAUCUGAGGAAAUACCUCUCCACAACUAAACGUCGCAUAGAUAUAACUGGUUUUUUUCUUUUCUUUAUCUUGUUUGGACCAGGUGCAGACAAAAGGCGUUCAAUCAUAGCACAUUUUUUAGGCUAUGAACAUAUACUUCAGAUUGCACUUUCCGUCAUUACCGCUCAGCACGAGGAGGAACACAUUUCCGACGAUGAAUCCUACUCUACUGAACAGGAUCAGGACCGUGAAAUUUCACAUUGUAUGUUUGCUCUCCCUACCCAGGUCAAGCUGAAUAUGAACGCUAAUGGCCCUGUUUUCGUCAAUCACUCAGCUUCGAAAUGGAAAGGAAAAGGAAAAAUGACCGAUGUAUUACCUGGAACUGUCGCUCGUGUUGCCUCUUUGGGCGCUAAGGUCGAGAACGCAACCGCCUCGUCUUCAAGGCCCAUGAAGACCUUUGCCCGCCUUUACAUCCAUCCCAAGAGAUCCCACCCUAGCCCCUACAAGAACGUGUCCAUCUUUGUUCAAGCCGACAACCCGAACCUCGGUUUCAUCUGCUACAAUCGCCCUGACAAGACCAACCCUGACUCUAGAAGCAACAACUUCCACUUGAUCAACUAUUCCGUUGUCCAACCUGCUCAGCCCAAAGAACCUGGCCGUUCAAGAAAGCCAUCUAGGAGAAUAUAA